GUUUUAUAAAACUAAAACAAAAAGUUUUGAUUAACUUAAGUCGGUCUUGUUCUUUGUGGGCUAUCAGGCGGUUACGUUACGAAAAAAAACUAACUGUGUGAGAUUUGCCUCAUAACAUAAAUCGUUGAACUACGCGGCAAAUACCGCCGAGUUACGCUGCUUGUGGUUAAGGUGUGUGCGAUUUUUUUUCAUUCAUUUGUGGAGUGCGUUUUCAAUAAAAUGGGAAAGCGAAACAAAAAAGUGACGUAAAAAUCAAUAAUUAGAGCUCCUACAAAAUACAAGUAAGGCACAGGUUGUAACUGAAUCAACAGAAGGAAAUAUGAACGGCUAUAAUCGAAAAUCGCCUCAAAAGCGACGCUAUGAUAUGCCCAAAUAUGCCGUGCCACCAAAAAAGAAAUCAAGCAAGGAGCGUGUACCGCAGCCGAAAAAUACAGUUGCAAUGCUCAACGAAUUACGGCAUGGACUGAUAUACAAAUUAGAGUCACAGACUGGUCCAGUGCAUGCACCGUUAUUUACAAUCUCCGUUGAGGUUGAUGGGCAAAAGUAUAUGGGACAAGGCCGCAGUAAAAAGGUAGCGCGUAUCGAGGCUGCAGCCACAGCGUUGCGCAGUUUUAUACAAUUUAAAGACGGUGCAGUCUUAUCGCCCCUGAAGUCUGCAGGCAAUUUGGACUUCACGAGUGACGAACAUCUUGAAAAUGGUAUUGAAAACGUGUCCAAAGCAAAAUUAGUCGAACUGAUAUACACGUUGAUGUUGCCUGCAAAGAAAUCCAACCUUACCUCGCUUGAACAACCCACGUUGCGUCCACAAAUCUUUUGCAUGAGCCACAAUGCCACAAAGAACACGAUUGCUGUAGACGGACAGAAAAAAGUACCAGAUAAAGGCCCUGUAAUGUUGUUGUACGAACUAUUUAAUGACGUUAAUUUUGAAUGCAUGAAUAUUGACGGCGCUCAAAAUAACUGUCGCUUUAAAAUGACAGUCACUAUCAAUGAUAAAAAGUUUGACGGCACAGGUCCCUCCAAGAAACUGGCUAAGAAUGCAGCCGCUAAAGCCGCGCUUGCAUCGCUGUGCAAUAUUUCCUAUAGUCCGAUGAUGGCGCCCCAGAAGAAUGCGCCAUUACCAAUAGAUGACAAGUCAUCAUCAAUGGAAUUACCGCAAAUACACGCGGACACUAUCGGACGGUUAGUGUUGGAAAAGUUCAUGGAAGUUAUCAAGGGCCAGGAGGCGUACUCUCGGCGAAAAGUACUGGCAGGCAUAGUUAUGACAGAAAACAUGAAUUUUUGCGAAGCAAAAGUCAUUUCAGUUUCAACGGGCACAAAGUGUGUUAGCGGUGAGCACAUGAGCGUUAAUGGGGCUGUUCUUAAUGACUCACAUGCUGAAAUAGUGUCCAGGCGUUGUCUUCUAAAAUACUUGUAUGCUCAACUUGAUCUCCAGUGUAAUCAGGCAACAGCAUAUCAGUCGAUUUUCGUGAGGAAUACAGACGGGCAAUACCCUUAUAAACUAAAAUCCGGGGUACAUUUCCAUUUGUAUAUAAAUACAGCACCAUGUGGGGAUGCACGGAUAUUUAGUCCUCACGAAAACGACACUGGUGUUGAUAAGCAUCCAAAUAGAAAAGCACGUGGACAGUUGCGUACGAAAAUCGAAUCAGGAGAAGGAACCAUACCAGUUAAGAGCAGUGAUGGAAUACAAACAUGGGAUGGCGUACUGCAGGGCCAACGCUUGCUUACAAUGUCAUGUUCGGAUAAAAUUGCACGUUGGAACAUUGUGGGUAUUCAGGGCUCACUGUUGUCUGCUAUUAUCGAACCAGUGUACCUGCAUUCCAUUGUAUUGGGCAGUUUGUUGCACCCAGAACAUAUGUAUCGCGCUGUGUGUGGACGUAUUGAAAAGUCAAUACAGGGUCUGCCACCUCCGUAUCAUUUAAACAAGCCACGUCUUGCGCUGGUUACUUCUGCAGAACCACGGAAUCAAGCAAAAGCUCCAAAUUUCGGAAUUAAUUGGACCAUUGGAGACACUGAACUAGAGGUGGUCAAUUCGCUAACCGGGCGAACCAUUGGCGGUCAAGUGUCAAGGAUUACAAAACAAGCUUUCUUUGAUAAAUAUGGGUUUUUAAUGAAAAACUUGCCGGGCAUGCCAAAUCGCAAGGUCACCAAAGAUUACGGGGAAACAAAGGCAGACGUCAAGGAUUACCAGACGGCUAAGCAAGAGCUGUUUUCUGCAUUCAAGCGAGAGGAUCUUGGCAGUUGGCUUAAAAAACCAAUUGAGCAAGACCAGUUCGGGCUUGUGGAAUGACUGCGCUCAGCGUUACUAUCAACCGGAUACAUUUGUACCACAGUACAUUUUUUAAAAAAAGACAGCAACAACGGCAAGCAAUUAAUAGAUUUAGAUAAUAUAGCUUAUAAAAAAACUUGCGAUGUAGACUGCAAUUUUAGUUUUGUCCAAUCAAAUCAAACCCAAUUAAAUUUGAUUGAUAACCUGCCGAUAAACCAUCGGAACAACAACGACAGACAUAUAGGUUCAAAUAAUGGAACAAUGAGAAUUUUCAGUAGAAUAUUUCUAGAAUAGAGUGUAGUUUUUAUGCUGGAACUAAGUAAAGAAGUAUUAUGGCGUUUUACUUAAAA